CUGAGCUCAGCUCCCAACAGUGCCUGCCAGGGGGGUGAUGGGUUAACCUGUCGAAGGCCUACAGCUGUGAGGCCUAGGGUCACAAUGCAGCUGAGCCGCUGCCUCCCUCUGGCCUCCAUCCCAGCCUGCCCUUUGCAAGAAGGCUCUCCAGGCUGCCCGGUCGACUCUAGGGAGCACUCCUCCACCUUUGAGAGACAGGUCUGGGGCUCGGACAUGAGCUCCCAAGAGACCCCACAAGCUCGGAGAUUUCCCAUAGAGGCAGGAGAUUCUCCCAGCCUGGCAACUGCCCCCGAAACACAGGAGCCAGCUGCCCCUGAGCGCACUGCAAGAAGGCAGCUGAGAAGAUGUCCAGGGUGCCACUGCCUGACCUUACCCAACGUCCCCAUUGACGUCUACAUUGCCAUGGGUGGGAGCCACAGGCCACGAACCACCUGAAGGCUCCCCCAGGUUGGGUUCAAGUGCUAAGGCCGCAGCGGCUGUCCCAGAAAACACACUGACAGCCGAAGAACAGCAAAGCAAGCCACACAGAACAGUGACGCACAUUUUAAUAAAAAGGACACCUUAAAAUGUU